GAGGGGCUAGCAGAAGCAGAAGAAGUGGAAGUAAGAAGAAAGAAAGCGGUGAACGUGCACGCGUCUGCACUACUGUUAUUGUGUUGUCGAACAUCCUUUCUCUCCAAGUUUCCCUUUUCACAUUGUCUGUAACCAUCUAAAACUGACAAAUCUGCACAAUGCCGAAGGGCAAGAAAAAGUUUAUCGACAAGAAGAACGCGGUGACCUUCCACCUCGUGCAUCGCAGUCAGCAGGACCCGCUGGUCGCGGACGAGACCGCGCCCCAACAUGUCUUGGUGGCUGCAGGGGCGCAGCAGGCCAAGAAGAAGGGCAAAGCUAACUCGGAGGAGGAGCACAAGUUUGGGAUAUUCUAUGACGACGAUUAUGAUUACCUUCAACACCUUCGUGAUACUUCGAAGCAAACUGUGCAGUGGAUUCCGGUGGACACUGGGAACAACGCAAAUGCUCGGGUGUUGAAGAAACAGGGGAAGUCCCAGGAUGACGGUGAAAGCUCUGAUGAGGAAGUUUACAUUGUAGAGAAACCUAAACAACUGACACUUCCCUCCUCUGUGUUUGCCUCGGAAGUUGAAGAGGAUGUUGGUCUUCUCAACAAAGCUGCUCCCCAAUCGGGAUUGCGUCUGGAUCUCGAUCCUGACAUUGUGGCAGCUAUGGAUGAAGAUUUCAACUACGAUGACCCAGAAAAUGAAUUGGAGGAUAACUUCAUGGAACUUGCAAAUGCCUCUGGAGAUGAGGAGGAUGGUAGUGUUAACAGUGACUUCAAUAUGAGUAGUGAAUUUGGUGAUGAGGAAGAGGAUGAUGGUUCUGAGGUUGGCAGUGAAUCUCGAGACAAAGUUGGUAAACUUGGCGGAAGAAUGUGUCAGUUCGAAGAUGAAGAAACAAAGUCACGGUUUACUGAGUAUUCCAUGACUAGUUCUGUUAUGAGACGUAAUCAGCAGCUGUCUCUCUUAGAUCACCGAUUUGAAAAGAUGUUUGAAGAGUAUGAUGACAAUGAAAUUGGAGCAUUGGACUGUGAAGAAAUAGAGGGUUUUGUUCCUGCUACUUCAGAGCGCCUUUUAGAAUGUGUUGCAGAAUUUGAUCAAAGAGACCCAUCAGAGCAAAUUUCAAAGGAUUAUGAAAGAACCAAUAUUCCAACAGCACUGGAUUCAGAUUCAGAAGAUGAUCUUUGUGAUUUGGAAGUAAAAGAUGACAAUGAUGAGGAAAAGUGGGAUUGCCAAUCCAUAUUAUCAACUUACUCCAAUAUUUACAACAGACCAAAAUUAAUAUCAGAAAGAAGUUCGAACCCUGGAAAAAUUCGCAUAUCUGGCAAAACAGGCAUGCCAUUAGGUGUGUUUGAUUCUGGCAAUACAAAGCUCACUCCGAAAGCUCUAGCUAAGCUUGAAGCUGAACAAGGAAGUCUACCACAGGCUAGUGACAGGGCUGAGACAGUGAUCUCCACAUUAUCAACCCUGUCAAUCCGGCCCAAGGAUGAAACCCCUGAAGAAAGGAGAACAAGGAAGAGAUUGUUGAGAGAAUACAGAAGGGAAAGGAUAUGUGAAAGAAAAGCCAACACUGCUGCAUUUAAAGAUGAGAAGAAGAGACAGGAGAAAAUACUUCUUAAUAAUAAGAAAAAUAUUCCUACCAUGAAAAUUUUGUAAUCUUCACUUGUGAUCUUAUUUCUUAAUGUUAAUCAAUUACUUUCUUGAAAGCUGCUAAGGUUAUUUUGGCAUAAAACAUAGGUUGUUAAUUAAAAUUGUUCUUGAUGAGACCAAU